GUGGAAUAAGAAUGAUGAAGGCUCGUAUAAAAGGCUCACUUCCGAGUUCCAUGAUCAUCGUGCAGGUCAAGUUCUCCUCCAUCUUGGACUUUCGAGAGAGACAUCCUUUUUCCGAUCGUGAUUAGCCAUGGGUCGUUCCACAAUGUUGAUUGCUACCGCAUGUAGUCUCGUGUUCUUGCUUUGUUCCCAAGGGGUGUGGUCUAUGAUCAAUUUGGCCGACACACCUUGUGGAAAGAUUGCUCGAGGCUCGAGGCGGUUUCAUCAGCGAAUUCUGGGAGGAUCAGAAGUGCACAUUUCGGAAUUCCCUCAUUCAGUCUCACUGCGAAAAGAUGGAGAGCACUUUUGUGGUGGAGUCUUGGUGCACAAGCAUUACGUGCUAACGGCCGCACAUUGCGUUCAUAAUCGUCCCCCGAAAGUGUGGCAAGUGGCCGUGGGCGAACAGAACACCGUCAAACUCGAUGGCACCGAACAACUGAUGGAGGUCGAGCAGAUCAUCGAACAUCCCGACUACAUCUACCCGAAGCUCUUGAAUGACAUUGCCAUCAUUCGGAUCGACAAGCCAGUCAUUUGGAACAAGAUGGCUCAACCCGUUUGUCUGCCGGAUCCUUUGCGGAGGACGGCCAAAGGUCUGGGUUAUUUAGCAGGAUGGGGUUAUGACAACGAAUCCAAAAAAGGUGGUGUCCCCACCGAGACACUUCACAUGGCACGGAUUCCCAUUUUGGAAAACGAUGUGUGCGAGAGCUGGCUCAUGAGUCAAGGGAAGUCCAUUAGUUUGGCUCCCACGCAUUUAUGUGCCGGUCAUGAGUUUGGAGCCAUAGAUGGGUGUCAGGCGGAUAGUGGCGGUGGGUUGGUAUCAGUUGAUGACGACCAACUCUUGGUGGUGGGCAUCAUGUCGGCCGGCAUUGGUUGUGGACGUGAAAAGAUGCCGGGGCUCUACACUCGUGUGGAAAAGUUCAUUCCGUGGAUCCAAAGCGAGAUCAAGGGCGGUGCUCGAAUCAAAAGGGGCACGGACCAAGAUUCGCGACCUAAUCCCAAGUUCCAUUGGUGGGAUCAGUUGGCCAAUGAGUGAUUGAUUAUGCAUCCUCUUAUCCGCUGGCUCUCAUCAUGUCUAUCCACAUCUGCCAUAUCAUUAUCAACGUUGUUCAAAGAGCACUAAUUUAUUAUUAUUUCGAUAGUGUGCCGAUUUCAAUUUAUGAUUGAAUGCCUGAAAAUGUAUUAGAAU